CGCCGGAGCCGCUACGGAGAAGCAGGGCCGACUUUGCACCCAGGACCCAGGGCCUCGGAUUUCUCCGCCGGCCUUGGAGAAGCAGCCCGGCCUCCCCUCCCCGGCUGCAGAGCGGCGCGGGCUUGGCGGGACGUCCCGAGAAGGUCGGCGGCUUGUGGCCACGGCCCGGCCCGGCUCCGGCACGCCGAGGAGCAGAACCGGGGGCCGGCGUUCGCUCCCGCUCUGUCCCGGGCGCGCCGGAGUCGGGGCGGCUGCUCCGGCUGCAGCCUCGGGGACGCAGCCUUCCUCCGUCCAAGCUGCCCGCGCCUCUGGACCACUUCGCGCCGCUCCGGACGCUGGGGGCGAGCUUGCCCAUCAGGUCCUCCAGGCUCAGCCCGAACAUGUUGGACGGCCUGAAGAUGGAGGAGAACUUUCAAAGUGCGAUUGAGACUUCAGCCUCCUUUUCCUCUUUGCUGGGCAGAGCGGUGAGCCCCAAGUCUGUCUGCGAAGGCUGUCAGCGGGUCAUCUCGGACAGGUUUCUGCUGCGGCUCAACGACGGCUUCUGGCAUGAGCAGUGCGUGCAGUGCGCCUCCUGCAAAGAGCCCCUGGAGACCACCUGCUUCUACCGGGACAAGAAGCUUUACUGCAAGUACCACUAUGAGAAACUGUUUGCGGUCAAAUGUGGGGGCUGCUUCGAAGCCAUUGCCCCCAAUGAGUUUGUCAUGCGCGCCCAGAAGAGCGUGUACCACCUGAGCUGCUUCUGCUGCUGCGUCUGCGAGCGACAACUGCAGAAGGGUGACGAGUUUGUCCUGAAGGAGGGCCAGCUGCUCUGCAAAGGGGACUAUGAGAAGGAACGGGAGCUGCUGAGCCUGGUGAGCCCAGCAGCCUCGGACUCAGGCAAAAGUGAUGAUGAAGAGAAUCUCUGCAAGUCAGCCCAUGGGGCAGGGAAAGGUGCUUCAGAGGACGGCAAGGACCAUAAGAGACCCAAACGUCCCAGAACCAUCUUGACGACCCAGCAGAGGAGAGCAUUCAAGGCCUCAUUUGAAGUAUCCUCCAAGCCCUGCAGAAAGGUGAGGGAGACUCUGGCUGCUGAGACAGGGCUGAGCGUCCGUGUGGUUCAGGUGUGGUUCCAGAACCAGAGAGCCAAGAUGAAGAAGCUGGCCCGGCGGCAGCAGCAACAGCAACAGGAUCAGCAGAACACUCAGAGGCUGAGUUCUGCUCAGACAAAUGGUGGUGGGAGCGCUGGAAUGGAAGGGAUCAUGAACCCCUACACAGCUAUACCCACCCCACAGCAGCUACUGGCCAUUGAACAGAGUGUCUACAAUGCUGACCCAUUCCGACAGGGUCUCACUCCACCCCAGAUGCCUGGAGAUCACAUGCACCCCUACGGUGCUGAACCUCUUUUCCAUGACCUGGAUAGUGAUGACACUUCUCUCAGUAACCUGGGAGACUGCUUCCUAGCAACAUCAGAAGCAGGACCUCUGCAGUCCAGAGUGGGAAACCCCAUUGACCAUCUGUACUCCAUGCAGAAUUCCUAUUUCACCUCUUGAGUCUUGUAAAAUUUUGUGGCUGGGCUCCCAUAUGGAACAACCAUACUGUGUGAGGGUUUGCUGACUUUAGGAUGGGGAGGCCAGAGAAGAGGUGGGCUGGGGAGGGAGGUUUGUUGGGGAUGCUGUUGUAUAAUGAUAUGGUGUAGCUCAGCAUUUCCAAAGACUGGAUACAUUAUGGAUCGCAUAGUUUAAUGUUUCUAAUAAGAAUCUUAGUGUUAGAUAUGAAGAUGUGUUUAUCAUUAAGGACAGGGACUUUUAAUAUAGACAUUCUCAAGCAAGCUAGAUACCUAGGGACUCCUAACAGCUUCCCACCAUUGUGGAGAAGUGCUUGUCAAGAGGUGCCGUAUGUCUAUUCAUCCAUACACCAAUAGACAGACAGAUAGAUGUGAGUGUGUGUGAGUGUGUAACCUUUCAUACUUUAUCAUCAAAGUUUAUCCCUAAUUAUAACAGACACCAACUGUACAGCAAAAGUAACUUUAUUUUCAGUGUGAACUGUAUUUAAGGAAAUACUUGAUGCACUUAAGUUAUAAAAUGAGAUAAUUUACUUUUAUAAACUUUAUUUUUAGUUUGGAGAGACUCAUCGGCAGGGCAGAGAGGGCUGCUCCACCUGGCCCCAUAGCUUUGAGUGCUUGAGUUUGUUCUCUUCUCAGAGCAUCAUUGAGGUCUAGAAAACAACUCCAAAGGGCUGGCAGCAUUCUGUCGUGGGCUCUUGCUCACUCUGGUGUUGAGUCACUGGGCCUGGGUGGAACAGAGCAAGCCCUGAACGUGAUUUUAGGCUUCUUAGCACGUGGUUAUUGGGCAGCAUCAACAAGGUUGUUUCUACCCCCAAGACUCAUCCUCAAUGAGUGUGGAUGAGGUUGAUUGCCAUACCUACCUCCCUCUCUAUGAGUGUGGAUGAGGUUGAUGCCACACCUACCUCCCGGGGACACUGAAGCUCCACCCAGGACAUGAGACUUAAAUCUGAUAUGGCUUAAAAUAUAGCCAGAUCAUGCACCUGAUGAUAGAGGACACCUGGGACCACAGAGCAGGAAGUCCUUGUACCCCAAAUCCUACCCCCCUGCAUAGCCCGCAUGGCAGAGACACAGCUUGAAAGGGUAGGACAGAGCUCCAUCGGAGAAGGUGGAAGAAGUU